AUGCAAGAUGUUGUGAGUAAUAAUAAUCCGGCACCAUCUGCCGCUCCUUCUUAUAACAAACUUGGCUUGUACCUAACGCAGUUAAUCGAUACACCAACGAGUCAUAACUUACACACAAAGAGUCUUCAAAAUGACCUUCUAACGGGUGAAUUCUUUCGUUGUUUAUUAACAAAUUACAUGUAUGAUCUUCCAUGGCUAUUUGCCGAGUGUCCACGACUGAGACAAGUUCCAGUGCUUCUUGUGCAUGGAGAAAGAGAUCGAAAAAGGAUGAUGAAAGAGUGUCAAGAGUAUACAAAUGUGACGCCUGUGGCCCCACCUUUACCUAUUCCAUAUGGGACGCACCAUACGAAAAUGUUGGUUGCACUGUACUCGUCAAAAGUACGGGUGGCAAUAUUUACGGCUAAUUUUUUGUCAAAUGAUUGGAACACAAAGACACAAGGUGUAUGGUACCAGGACUUUGGUCUGAAGAUUCUUGGUGAUAGUGAAGAUGAAGAGACAAAAGAGGAAAAAGUUACAAAGAGUGCUGAUGCUGCUGACUUUGAAGCUGAUUUGGUCCAUUAUUUAUCGUCUCUUGGAGAGCAAGUGAAGCUGUUUUGUAGAGAGCUCAAUCGUUUUGAUUUCUCGACGGCGAAGGUUGCAUUGGUUCCAUCAGUUCCAGGAGUUCAUAGAGGAAAAGAUAUGGAGAAAUAUGGACAUCUUCGUGUGCGCAAACUUUUAAACAUGUACAAAAUUCCUCGGACAGACAACCCAUUAAUUUGCCAGUUCUCUAGCUUGGGUUCACUUGACGAGAAAUGGGUCUUUGGGGAGUUUGCAGAGAGUUUUUUGCCUGGGAAGAAGAACAUGUCUUCAACCUUCAUGCCUAUCGAUGCACUUCAUAUAAUUUGGCCCUCGGUCAAGGAUGUGCAAAACUCACUUGAGGGGUGGAACUCAGGACGAUCAAUACCGUGCCCGCUCAAGAAUAUGAAAUCUUUCUUGCACAAGUAUCUAAGAAAAUGGUCACCUCCACCAGCUCUUCAUCGGCAGAAUGCAAUGCCGCACAUCAAGUCGUACGCUCGCUUUGAUUCGAGCCAGGAAGGAGCUGGCAAGCUAGACUGGGCUAUCGUGACCAGCUCAAACUUGAGUAAAGCUGCAUGGGGCACAUUUCAGAAGAAUAACACGCAAUUCAUGAUUCGGUCUUAUGAGCUCGGUGUGAUGUUUCUGCCACCGAUUGCGGGGCACAAAGCUGGUGAAGCUUUGCCGCGUCUUGUGACGAUUGGAAGUAGAGCUGCUGAUUAUUCCGACAUUGCAGAAUCCGGAAAUUCAUCAGCGGAGUUAUUGCCGCUGCCGUACAACUUUCCAUUGACUGCAUAUAACCCAAAGGAGGACGAGCCCUGGGUUUGGGAUCUUGUGCGAGAGAGCCCAGAUAUUUUCGGGAAUGUCUACAUUCCGCACUAG